AUGACCGCGUGGAUGCACGCAACACCCUGGAAACAAGACGUUGAAUCCUGGGAUAGGCUCGGUAUCCUGCAAGCUAUGCCGGCGGGUCUUUUUGAAGGCGAUGUGACCGGCAGACCAUGGGAACAGCGCGUAGAACUUAUGAGAGAUGCAGUCAUCUACAACAGGAACAAUCCCAGCAUAGUCUUCUACGAGGGUGGCAAUUUCGGUAUCAGCGAGGAUCACCAGCAACAGCUCAAGGAUGUUAGAGACAAGUACGAUCAGGAGGGCGGCCGAGCCAUGGGAGCUCUGGGAAUGCUUGCCUUGAAGGUUGCUGAGUACGGUGGUAAGGUGGUAUACAUCAACAAGGGAUCACGUAUCUCCUUUUGGCAGAUGGAGUACUCACGCAAUGAAGGCCUCCGCAAGUAUUGGGACAGUCACUCUCCGUCAUACCAUCCCGAUGGCGAAGGAGAAGGCAAGGGAGCAUCGUAUAAUCGCAAUCAAGGCUCACAUGCAAUUGAGGAUGUUGAACGCUGGUUCGACUACUACGAACAGUGCCCCGGAACAGGCAAACGCGUCAAUGCUGGCGGCAUCAACAUUAUUUUCUCGGACUCGAACACGCAUCAUCGCGGCGCAGACAAUUAUCGCCGGUCUGGAGAGGUUGAUGCGGUGAGAUUACCGAAAGAUGGAUGGUACGCGCAUCAAGUCAUGUGGGACAAUUGGGUCGACAUCGAGAAAUCAGCGACACACAUCAUCGGACAUUGGAACUACAAUACCAGCACAUCGAAGAACAUCUCCAUAGUUUCAACAGCCGGCAAAGUGGAGUUGAAGCUGAACGGAAAGGCUCUCAAUGCGGCCUUGCAGUCGAAGCUUUUUUUGUUUACUUUCGUCAACGUGACUUGGCAAGAAGGCACGCUCGAGGCUGUCGGAUACACACAUGGGAAGCAGUCGUCUUCAGAUCAGCGCAAGUCAAGGCCACAUACUUCUCCAAGUGGCUUUCUAGCCGACGGGGCUGAUAUUGCCCUGAUCGAUAUCGAAGUGGUCGAUUCAUACGCCAACGCAAUCCAGUCGGUCUCGACACUAUAG